AUGCUGGGGAUUGCCAUCAAGAGUAAGGAUAUCCUGCUCGUCACCGAAUUCGUGGAUGGGGAAUCGCUGCAGGGGGUAAUAGAAGAGGAAAAAAACUUGACAGAAGAAUUUAGGAUAAAUGUCAUAGUAGGUGUGCUGGUUUCGUGUAAACACCAUAUUGCGAAAUUGUGCGAUUUUGGCCUAGGGAAACUUAAGCAACAUGCCACAUUAUCUGUCGCUAGUGUUACCAUUGGUGAGUCGGUGUUAGAAGGAACCCUUUUGUAUAUGGCUCCUGAGUGCUUUUUGAAGAAAGAACAUGUUUCCCAAGAAAGUGAUAUUUGGUCUCUUGCAAUAACGUUCCCAGAGUUUUUGGCUUAUGAAGAUGUUUGGAAUGAAGUUCUUGAGGGGAUGGGGGAAGAUUCCGUCAUGGAAAAAUUAAUUUCUAUUGCGAAAGCCAAAACGCUGCCCAACAGUUUAAAUAAGUUAUCUCCAGCUCAUCGGACACAUAUCCAAAUGUGUCUAAACUGCAACAAGAUCGAAAGGCCAACUGCUCUUCAACUGCUGAAGCUAGAAUGGUAA